GCGGUAGGUGGCGCCAUGUCAGUAAAUCGUAACAGGGCGGAGCUCCGGUUGUAGUACGUGUGCUUCAUAUGAGGCUCAUAUGAGUUAGCUUUCGGCUUCUGAGCUAACGCUUCAUCACCUUUUAAACAUGGUGCUCCUGGAAAAUGAUUCGUUUCUUACAGAGCUCACACGCCUAUUCCAGAAAUGUAGAUCAUCUGGUAGUGUUGUCAUCACACUAAAGAAAUAUGAUGGUAGGACAAAACCUGUUCCUAGAAAGGGCCAUUCAGAAUCAUUUGAACCCGCAGACAAUAAAUGUCUCAUCAGAGCAUCAGAUGGAAAGAAGAAAAUUAGUACAGUGGUCAGCACCAAAGAAGUAAUCAAGUUUCAGAUGGCCUACUCUAACCUGCUUAGAGCUCACAUGGACGGACUUAAGAAGAAAGAUAAGAAAAGCAAAAGCAAGAAAACAAAAGCUACACAAUGACUGCUGAACUCUGAUAACCUUAGGGGUUCCUGAGCUGGCAUGUAUGUCCUGUCUGAGGGAAUUGUCCACGGUUUAGGACUGGACGUACAAUACUUUUCAACCCGUGGCUGCAUGAUUCACCUGUCAUGGACUCUACAGUGCCAUCCGUUAUUUUUCAGAUCUGAAGAAGCAAGUCGACCAUUUUGAAGUUUUUUUUAUUUUUUCCUUCUUUGAAAACUGACCACCAAUUAAGUCGGUGUGUUAAAUAUUCCAGAGGAUGAAAUGGCUUCUUUGGUAUUUAAUAGUUUAGUCCCCUAUUUAUGUAACGUUGCAGAUGGCUUAUUUUGGAAGUUAUUUGUCUUAAGUUUUUUUUUUUUUUUUUAAGCAAUGAUGUAUAAGGAAGGAAUGUGGACGCAAACUCAUUUUUACUGUACAUCUUUAUUUUAUUAAUAUAGAUCAAUCACAUAAGACCUUAUUUUUUACGAUAGAUGCUACUAAAAAUGUAAAACUACAAAAUAUAAAAUGGCAACAUAAUCUCCCCAUGAGGCUUCUUUCAGCUUGAAUAUUUAUGUGAAAUCAGUUAUCAAAAAUGAAAACAAUAUUUUUUAGAUUACAGAAAAGCAUGUUUUUGAGUACAGACCAUACACUAUUGUAAAUAAAUUGUACAUUUUUCACAAGGCUGCAGAGUUUGAUUUUACAUGUAAAGUCUGGAGAUAGAAUUAUGUUCAUGAAUAAAAGUGCUCUGUCAAAGUC